CACCCUCCGCGGCCGCACCUGCCGCCGCCGCCUCCCGCCCACCCGCUCCCAGUCCAGCGUCCGCCGUCGGCGCGUCACGGCCAGCAGCCCCUCCUCUGCCUUUGGAGGUGGGGCCCUGCACUAGACACCUGCCUGCGGCGCCCUGCCGUGUGCCUCAGUUUAUACCCCCCAAUGCCAGCUGCCACCGAAUGCCCCUUCUUGCGGGGCUGAGAAUGUGCUCCCGGUGAAGCGAAGGCGGGAAGUGCCGAGGGAGCGGCCUGAGCCCCUAGGAAGAGAGAACUGCCCCCGCUGCCACCUCCGUCGUCUCAGCCACCCGCCGUUGACAUGGCAACUGACGGCCGCCAGGGGGCGCGGCGACCCUGGAGGCGGAGAGCGAGCGACGCUCAGGCCUAAACCCUGGAUCUGGUGUUAACAGGGAGGCAGGGAUGAGACCCGAGAUCCUCCUUCACGGAGCUGCUCCAGAGCUUGUCAGUCCUGGGUCAGUCAUCGCAAAAAAUAGUUAACAUUGAUCCAGCACUCCUGUGUGCUUUAGAAAUGCUGGGCGUUCCGGUUGAAGCCUGAACCAAUCCUGUGACCAAGGUUCACUAACCCAUUUUACAGAAGAAAUUGCAAAGCAACUCAGAGAUCGGAGGUUGUCUGCUCAAGGUCGCACCGUGGCAAGGCUGGCUUUAGCUAUGAAGAGCUUUCUCAUGCUUCAUUUUUACAGGUUCUUCAAGCUCAAGGGCCUUGGGAGCCUUUCCAAUCUCCCUCGGUCCUUUUCUCUGAGACGGUCUUCAGCCCCCAUCAGCAUCCGCUCUCAUCUGGAGCCUGACACCUUUGAAACCACACAGGAUGACCUGGUGACAGUCCCGAAGAGUCCUCCUGCCUAUGCUCGUUCCAGUGACAUGUACAGCCACAUGGGUACCAUGCCUCGCCCGAACAUCAAGAAGGCUCGGAAGCAACAGGCUGUCCAGAAGGCCCAAGAGGUCAGCCUUGAAUCCCACCCGGUGCCUCGAGGACUGCCAGACACACCAGGCUUAGAGGCAGCCAAGGAGGGAAUUGAUGUCCCACUGGAGGACACCCCAGAAGUGGGACCCACACCUUCAGCAGUAGAGGUGGGCCCUAUGAGGAAGCCUGAGGACCCCACAGUAGUCACAAAGGAGGAGCAAAUUCCUGCGGAUGUGUACCCAGAAAGGGCCGCUGGAGAACCGGAGGCUGCUGGGGACUAUGUGAAGUUCUCCAAGGAGAAGUACAUUCUCGACUCCUCACCAGAGAAACUGCAUAAGGAGCUGGAAGAAGAGCUGAAACUCAACAGCACAGACCUCCGCAGCCAUGCCUGGUACCAUGGACGCAUCCCUCGUGAGGUCUCUGAGACCCUGGUACAGCGCAACGGUGACUUCCUCAUCCGUGACUCACUCACCAGCCUCGGGGACUAUGUGCUCACAUGUCGCUGGCACAAUCAGGCCUUACACUUCAAGAUUAACAAGGUGGUGGUGAAGGCGGGUGAGAGCUACACCCACAUCCAGUACCUGUUUGAGCAGGAGAGCUUCGACCAUGUGCCUGCCCUUGUGCGCUACCAUGUGGGCAGCCGUAAGGCCGUGUCCGAACAGAGUGGGGCCAUCAUCUACUGCCCUGUCAACCGCACCUUCCCACUUCGCUACCUCGAGGCCAGCUAUGGCUUGAGCCAGGCCAGCAGCAAGGCCGCCAGCCCUGUCAGCCCCUCAGGCUCCAAGGGCAGCCACAUGAAGAGACGAAGCAUUACCAUGACCGACGGGCUCACCACUGACAAGGUCACCCGCAGCGAUGGCUGCCCCAACAGCACCUCACUACCCCAUCCUCGGGACUCCAUCAGAAACUGUGCCCUCAGCAUGGAUCAGAUCCCAGAUCUGCACUCACCCCUGUCUCCUAUCUCCGAGAGCCCCAGCUCCCCUACCUACAGCACUGUAACCCGUGUCCAUGCUGCCCCCGCCAUCCCCUCUGCCACAGCACAGUCUGCCUCGCCAGUCGCCCGCCGCUCCAGCGAACCUCAGCUAUCUCACGGAAAUGCUCCCAAGCCUCCCGGGGACUCAGACAGGGGGCCCCAUGCAAGCCCUUCUCACACCCUCGGCAAAGCCUCGCCAUCCCCAUCACUCAACAGCUACAGUGACCCGGUCUCUGGUCAUUACUGCCAGCUCCAGCCUCCUGUCCGUGGCAGCCGAGAGUGGGCAGCAGGAGAGGCCCCCCGGAAGACCAGAAGCUCUGGAGAGAGGCAAAAGGAACUGUCAGAAAAUGGGGUCUCUGAUGGGGAGUGGGGCAAGACCUUCACGGUCCCUGUAGUGGAAGCCACCUCUUCUUUCAACCUGGCUACCUUCCAGUCACAGCUGAUCCCCAAGGAGAACCGGCCUCUGGAGGUGGGGCUUCUGCGCAAGGUCAAGGAGCUGCUGUCAGAAGCGGACGCCAGGACGCUGGCCCGGCAUGUCACCAAGGUUGACUGCCUGGUUGCUAGGAUACUGGGCGUUACCAAGGAGAUGCAGACCCUAAUGGGAGUCCGCUGGGGCAUGGAGCUGCUCACCCUCCCCCAUGGCCGGCAGCUGAGACUAGACCUGCUGGAAAGGUUCCAUACCAUGUCCAUCAUGCUGGCGGUGGAUAUCCUGGGCUGCACAGGCUCCGCCGAGGAGCGGGCAGCGUUACUGCAUAAGACUAUCCAGCUGGCGGCUGAGCUUCGGGGGACGAUGGGCAACAUGUUCAGCUUCGCCGCGGUCAUGGGCGCCCUGGAGAUGGCCCAGAUCUCAAGGCUGGAACAGACAUGGGUGACCCUGCGGCAGCGACACACGGAGGGUGCCAUUCUGUAUGAGAAGAAACUCAAACCUUUCCUCAAAAGCCUCAAUGAGGGCAAAGAAAGUCCCCCACUGAGCAACACCACGUUUCCACACGUGCUACCAUUCAUUACUCUAUUGGAGUGUGACUCUGCCCCUGCCGAGGGUCCUGAACCUUGGGGCAGCACAGAGCAUGGUGUGGAGAUUGUGCUAGCCCACUUGGAGGCCGCCCGCACUGUGGCACACCACGGAGGCCUUUACCACACCAACGCUGAGGUCAAGCUGCAGGGGUUCCAGGCCCGGCCAGAGCUCCUGGAAGUGUUCAGUACAGAGUUCCAGAUGCGUCUCCUCUGGGGCAGCCAGGGUGCCAACAGCAGCCAGGCCCGGCGCUAUGAGAAGUUUGACAAGGUCCUCACUGCCCUGUCUCACAAGCUGGAACCUGCCGUCCGCUCCAGCGAGCUGUGACCCCGGAGACCUUGCCUCUCUGCAGCUGCGGGCAGCAUUGGGGGCAGAGGGGCUCAGGACUUUCCCCAGAGCACCACAGGGACACUGUGAUCAGCCCAAGAAUGUUCUGGGUUCAACUCCAGGAUCCCCCUUGCACUUCCAGGGUCCUGAAUGGACUCCAAACUCCAGCCUCCCAUCACACGCACUGAGUCUCCCUUCCAGAAGGACAGGAACCUCUGUUCCUCCCACCGGCUUCCGCUGACCCCCCCCCCCCCAUUUCCGCAGAGGUUCCCUGUUUUUGAGCCAUGGGAGGCUCUCCACCCCCUUCCUUCCUCUAGGUCUAUCUUGCUGUAAAUAAGUCUGACCUGUAAAUACAUGUACAGAAGCCAUGUUCUCUCUUUCAUAUAAUAAACUUUAAUGGCUCUUUC